GCGGGAGUACAAGUUUUCGGCAAUUCAACGUGGGUGUUUACAUGGCAGGUUUCCCGAGUGAUGAGCGAAGGAAGAUGGUUGAUGGCGGGACCCUGGGAGUUGUCGACAAUUCCUCUAGUCUUUCGCGCUCAAUUCUUGUGGAUGAGAGACGGUACAUACCCACUGCUAGUUUCUGUCUCUCAACCCCCUUUCUCUCCCCCUCUCUCCCCUUCUCUCCCAUUUUUCGCCUCCCACUUCUGAAGCGCUCGACGUCAUUGCCCAUUGCCGCUGUUCUUCGUUGAGGCGUUUUGCAAACGGACAUGAAUUCGGGCGGCAAUUCCAAGCCUUCUUUUUCUGUUCAAACGGACAAGAAUACCGAUCAUUUGCCAAAGAAGAAUCCGCAGCGAGGUCUGACUCGUCGCAGUCCUCUGGCGCAGCUGUCGCCAGCAGCGAAGACGAUCGAGAAGAAUCCUGCCAUUUCGAAGCAUAUGUCGGAGGGGAAGGGUAGGUCGGUAGAGCAACCAUGCGCCCGCGCUGGACAGAAGCAGCCGCCAACGAGAACUGCCGGGACGCAACACAGUCGAAGAUCAAUGGGUCCCUCGCCGUCGUUCGAUCUUUUUCGGGAUUCCGACAUCUACGACAGCGAUGGUGAAGAUACCGAGACGAAAGAAGAGAUGGCGGCGGGCAAAGAUGGAGCCAGAGAGCGUCCACGCCAUGGACGCGCGCUAGAGGGCUGCGUCGAGGGAGAUCAAGGUCAAGCAGGGCGGCAUUCAAAUGGCAGCUAUGGAAGCGAAGGUGAAAGCGAUGGCGAUUACGACGACGAUGACACGGUGGAAGGCGAGGAGGAGGAGGAAGACGAGGAAAAUGCGGUGGAUUCCGACGGCGACGAGUACGAGGAGAGUGGCGAUGAAGACGAAGAGUAUGGAGAGGAGGAGAAUGCUGAGAAAAAGGCAGUAGAAGUUGACAACGAAGAGGAGGCGGCGGAGGAAGAGGAGGAAGAGGAGGAAGAGGAAGAGAGCGAGGAGGUUGGAGAGGAAGAGUUUGAGGAGGACGAAGAAGAGGAGGAAGAAUCCCCACGUGUGAAAGGAAUUAGUCGUAGUAGUGGGGUACGAGAACCUAGUUCCAAGAAGCAAGAGCGUUCGGAGACUGCUGAGGGAAAAGGCGUGGAGAAUGCCGAAGAAGGGAGAGAGGAGCAAUCGGGUCAGCACGUCGAGAACGGUGAUGGCCUUCACGAGAAGCAGCAGCGCCUAAAGUCGGCCGAGAAAACGAAACAAGAGAGUACGAACGGCGAGAGCAACGACAGCGACCCUGUCCGACGGUUAUCCUUUGCCUCUGUACCACCGCAGAACGGUAGAAAGACGCCCCCGGCAACGUCAAAACCUAUAUGUGCUGAGCCGGCUAGGAGGAAAUCUGCGUCUCCAACGACCUCGGCAAAAGGGAGCGAUAACAAUAAUGAAUUUCGUCAACAAUUUGCUUCGCGGAGGAGCGAGAAGGGGGGCACAUCAGAUGAUGGAAAGACGGGUAAGGGAGAGACAGAAGCCUCGGAGAAGAAGGAUGGUGAAAGCCGAUCAUCGCCGCCUAGUGACGUCACGCCGGCGAUUACAAAAUCCCGGCAAACGCCAGGAGAAGAGAUUGAUGGCGACGAUGAAUCUCUGGUUUUUAGACGACACAGAAAGAAGGGGGAGAUGCCCGUGAAGAAGGGAACAUCGGCUUCUCCUUCUCCUUCUCUUUCUAGUACCGCUGGGAGAGAACGGCGUCGCGAUUCCUCCUCCUCCUCGGCUGCACGACGACGCGCGUCCACGUCAUCGUCAUCGUCCUUACACGCUGUGGGAGGUGGAAACGCGUCAGCGGAACGAUGGGAUGCCGAUGCCUCAGAUCUGGCUCAUCAAUUGGAUGGGCUAGAUCUAAAGCGGGGUGAGAAAUCCUCCAGGAGGAAGGAGGUGGUGGAGCCGGAAGAGAGGGAGAAAGGAGGGAGAGAGGCGUCGACGACGACGAUUCCUAGGCGGAGAAAGCUCUGCGCCGUCAAGCCACAGUGGACUCCUCAAAGUGAGGAGAAAUGGAGGCAGGACGCUUAUAAGGCAGUGUGUGGGGAAAGUGGUGAAAGUGACGAAUGGGAAGAGGAGGGAGACAUACCACAGGUAGUGGAGAUUGAUGACAGCCCCAUCGUGAGGCAAGAGGGGGGGAAAGCACCCCAGCAGUCGACGCGUCGCCCAGACAUUGGCAAAGGGGGGAAUGACGUGGAACUUCUAGGGGACAGUUUGAGAUCGCUUGACGUGUCUUCUUCUCGGCCAACCCGGGAGAAAUCAAUCAAGGAUGGGAAGGCGGCAGAGCAGCAGCAGCAGCAGGAGGAGGAGGUAUCAACGAGCGGAACGCGGCUGAAGAAGGCAAUGGAUGGAGAGGGAGAGAAGACAUCGUCCCCGUCGAGAGUGUCAGCGACGGCUGAGUCUAAUGGGGAGCGCUCUGCCGCAGCGGCGGCCGUCGACGAAGAUUUAAUCCUUGGGGGAGGCAAGUAUAUUUUGAGAGCGAAGGUGGCGAAAAUGCUAUAUGCUCAUCAGAUCGGCGGAGUGAAAUGGUUAUGGACGUUGCACGAGAAGAAAAUGGGCGGCAUCCUUGGAGACGACAUGGGAUUGGGGAAAACGAUGCAGGUGGCAGCAUUUCUGGACGGGCUUUUUCGGUCGAAGUUGGUAAGAAAGGCACUCAUUGUUGCGCCGGGGACUCUGCUUCCACAUUGGGAGAAGGAGCUUGGGGUUGUUGGUCUCGCAAAGGUCACGGACAAAUAUCAUGGUGGAACGCCUUUGCAACGGGAGAGGGUUCUGAUGAAGGUUUUGCAGAGAGGAGGAGUGCUUCUGACCACGUAUGAGAUGGUCAACUACAAUGUCAAAGCACUUAGAGGGGAUAUCCAUGGGCGAGAUGGAUUUGGCGAUACGGGUGACGAUCUGGAUACUUGGGAUUAUGUCAUACUUGAUGAGGGUCACACGAUCAAAAACCACACAACAAAGAAGGCGCAGAACUUGAGACUGAUACCGAGUGGGAUUAGGGUGAUUAUCAGCGGUACACCAAUACAGAACAAUCUCAGGGAAAUGUGGGCGUUGUACGAUUACUGCUGCGAAGGUCUUCUCGGAGAUCUACAAUACUUCAGAGAAGAAUAUGAGAAGAAAAUCACUAAUGGUAGCCAUAAAGAGGCAUCGCAGAGGGAGAAGGUUAUUGGGAAUGCUGCUGCCAAGGCUCUACGUAAUCGUAUUGCCCCGUUCUUCUUGCGUCGGGAGAAAAAAGAUGUAUUUCCGUCAAGGGCAAAAAGUGAUGAUGAUACAGGGGCCACUGAAGCAAGUCAGUCGUCAGAGACGGCAUCAACAGCCGGGAAGGAAAGCACCCUCGGGAGAAAGAAUGACCUCAUUGUGUGGCUUCCGCCGACAAGGACACAGGAGCGCCUUUACGUGACGUUUACCCAGAGUGACUAUGUCAAGUCCAUUCUGAAUGAGAGCCGAUCGGCUCUCGCAGCUCUUGGGGUCUUGAAGAAGAUAUGCGUCCAUCCUGAGCUUCUGACGAAAAAUGCCAGCGACAUCAUUGAAGAAGGUGCCGAGGAGCUGCUGAAUCCAACUUUAAGAACUGCACGGAAAGGGAAAGGAAUUGAUGACGACUUUGUCGAAGCGGUGGCGAUGGCCAAAGAGCUUGUGGAGACUCGGGAUUCUGGUAUCAGAGAAGAAGACGAAGAACAGUCAUGCAAGAUAAAGUUCCUGUUUUCACUCAUGAAAAAUCUGAUUGCUGACGGACACAGGACCCUCAUUUUCAGCCAGUCCAAGAAAAUGCUGGACAUAAUCCAGGAAAAAGUGAAGGCCAACAGAGUGAGGCAUUGCAGAAUUGAUGGGGAUGUGAGCAAACCGGCAGACCGUCAGAGGCUUGUAGAUAAAUUUCAAAGCGAUGAAUCAAUCUCGUUGUGCCUGCUAACAACUCAGGUCGGUGGACUUGGGUUGACUCUAACUGGAGCUGAUCGUGUGAUCAUUGUCGAUCCUGCAUGGAACCCAAGCGUUGACAAUCAGGCGGUUGAUCGUGCGUAUCGUAUAGGGCAGGAAAGAGAUGUCAUCGUCUACAGGCUGAUCACCUGUGGAACAAUUGAAGAAGUCAUUUAUCGACGUCAGGUCUUCAAAGCAGGGCUAAUGAAGACGGCAGUUGAGAAAAAGCGGCAGACGUCAUAUUUCAGCCGGCAGGAGCUGGAAGAAGUGUUCCGUGUCAAAAUAGGACGUUUCAAGAAGUCAGAGACUCAGGAACAACUGGAGAUGUUACACGGAGAUGAGCAGGCCCAUUUGCCGGAUAACAUCAAGAAGCACAUCGGUUUCCUGAAGCAGAGCGGUGCUGCAGGAGUGUCUCAGCAUGAUCUGUUAUACAAGGAUGAAAACAAGGAGAAGCUGCCGGACUAUGUAUCGCCUGAGAAAUUCCCGACAAGUGCGAGGCGGAGAAGCAUGGCUGGAUUCCCGGGCAGACCUCAGACAGUACAGAAGACCUCGCAAAAGCCUCAGAUGAGGCCAGGAAUGUCUGCUGUACCAGACAAAAGGGCGCAGGCGAUUGCAGCAAAAAGAGAUCAGGUGGGGAUGAUAGGAACAAAGUUGGGUAUGCUGGAGACUCAACUUGAGGCCCAGAUGAAGCAUGCGACAAAUGAGAGUUUCCUUGGGAAAUUACCUGAUGGAGGGCAGCGAAUAAAGCAGAAAGUUGUGGAGAUUUCGAAUGAGAUCGAGCGUCUCCGAUGCGAAAAAUCCAAACUGAACGAUGAACUGCGGAGCCUGGACUCAGAUUCAUCCAGUGAUAAUACGCACUGGCGCUCUGCGACUUCCGUCUUUCCCAAGAUCCCCAUCAUUGACGUUGACAAGCGACCUUCAUCAUCUGCCGCAGAUGAACUGGUUUCUCGAAUCGGCAAUCUAAGCGUUCGUCGGUAGUGAGGGCUGCGAUUUAUCCAGUUGUGAGGGUGGGGACUCGGUGGAGCUUCGGAGUGCGCUCCUUCUGCGGUUACAGAAGACUUCGUUGGUGACGUUCCGGUGCAUGGCGGUAGGGCUACCGUGCAGAGGCUUUGUUGUACAGGAACUCCGUUUGGUGAUUGAACGGUAGCCUUGUCCAUGAUAUGUUUUAAGGAUUGGCAUGUAUAUUCUUGCAAAUGCGAAUUGUUGAGAUGAAGUACACCUGUUGUGCUCCGUUGCUGGUGACCCGCAAGACAUUGGCAAUUGUUAUUAUGUGAUUCGAUUCAUUCACCACCACUACUGUAUUCUCUCCGCUUGUAUUGUGCACGAGGCG